CUUCCAGUUUGCGGCGCAAAGAUAUUAUGUAAUUUAUUACGCACUUAUCGCAAAACAACUGUACAGAUGUUUUAGUACAUUCAAGUAUCAUGGAUCGUUCUCUUGACAAAAUAUUGAAAGAAAAAUUAUCUGACAUUAAUUUAAACGAGUUUAAUAAAAUAUAUUACGGAAGUGAGAAUUGUGAACUAAAGCUGAAAGAUGCUACAAAAUUGGCAAGGGAAAUACAUAAUUUUGAAGUAGAUGGAUACUCUUUUAAAGCAGCCAGAGAGGAACUUAGAGAACCGAGAACUAUAAGACUUGGUUUAAUACAACAUUCUAUUGUCUUGUCGACUGAUAAAUCUAUCAAUGAACAAAGGUCAGCCAUAUUCGAUAAAGUACGGACAAUAAUAGAGGUAGCAGCCUCAGAAGGGGCACGUAUAUUGUGCCUACAAGAAACCUGGUCAAUGCCAUUCUUUUUGUGCACUAGGCAAAAAGAAGCAUGGUCUGGUUUUGCAGAGUCAGCUAAGGAUGGCCCAAGCACAAGGUUUUUGAGUGAAUUUGCUAAAAAGUAUGAAGUGGUAAUUAUAUCCCCUAUCUUAGAAAUCGAUGAAAACGGUGUUUGGUGGAAUACAGCUGUUGUAAUUAACGAAAGAGGUGAGUAUUUGGGAAAACAUCGCAAGAAUCAUUUGCCAAGUGUGGGAAGCUUCAAUGAAACGAACUAUUAUUCGCCUGGCAAUACCGGUCAUCCUGUUUUUGAGACAAAAUAUGCUAAAAUUGCUGUAAACAUCUGCUAUGGUCGACAUCAUGCACUUAAUUGGCUAAUGUUUGGUUUAAACGGUGCAGAAAUAGUUUUCAAUCCUUCCGCAACUAUUUCCGAAUUCGGGGAGUCGUUUUGGGGUAUAGAAGCUAGAAAUGCAGCAAUCGCCAAUGGGUUUUAUACAUGUAGUGUCAAUAGGGUUGGCACAGAGAUGUUUACUGUAAAUGACAAGGAGAUAACCAGGUCGUAUUAUGGCUCAAGUUACGUAACAGCGCCAGAUGGGUCUAGAACGCCAAUGCUAUCUAGAAACAAAGAUGGCUUACUUAUAAUGGAAAUUGAUUUAAAUCUUUGUAGACAAGUUAAAGACCGAUGGGGUUUUAAUAUGACUUCUCGUUUAGAUAUGUACGUUGAAUGUCUUAAAAACUCUACUGAAAACGCAAAUUAAAACAGAUGUAAAUCAUUGUAAAAUACGUUCUGUUGUAGUCCUAUGAGAUAUAGCAAUUAUUAAUAAAAUUUAAUUAUAAUAUAA